UUUGGUGUCAAUCUCUAUAAAAAUAUGCCAUGUCUGUAAUUACAGCAUGCAAGUCACGACUUGACAUUGUGAUUGUACUUGAUGGUUCCAACAGCAUCUACCCUUGGUCCAGUGUUAACAAUUUCCUCAUCAAAUUAUUGGAAAAAAUUGAAAUUGGACGUCAGCAAACUCAGGUUGCAAUUAUACAGUAUGGCUACAAAGUCACACAUGAAGUCAGUCUCAACGAAUACAACACAACAGAAGAUCUCCUCGAAGUUGCUAAAAAGAUAAAACAAUGGGGUGGAAAUGAGACAAAGACAGCUCUUGGAAUUGAGUAUGCCAGAACAAAGGAAUUCACAGUGGAGAAAGGCAUGCGUCCAGGAGUUUCAAAGGUGAUGGUUGUGGUAACAGAUGGUGAAUCACAUGAUAACUACAAUCUACCAGAUGUGAUUAAGAGUUGUGAAAAGGACAACAUUAGGAGGUUUGCUAUUGCUGUGCUUGGCAGUUACAACAGAGGGAAUCAGAGCGCUGAAAGAUUUCUGAAAGAAAUAGAGUUUAUUGCAAGCUCACCAAAAGAUAAACAUUUUUUCAAUGUAUCAGAUGAAAAAGCAUUGGUGACAAUAGCAGAGGCCCUUGGAGAACAAAUCUUUGCUUUGGAAGCAACAAAUGACAACCAGGCUGCCUCUUUUGAGAUGGAAAUGUCACAAGUGGGAUUCAGUGCACACAGUACGAAGGAUAGCAUCAUGCUGGGUGCUGUUGGAGCCUAUGACUGGAAUGGGACAGUCCUUUUGGUGAAGGACAAUGAAACGAUCAUCCCUGAAAAUGAGACUUUUUUUGACAGUUCCGAAGAAAGUAAUGAACCACUUGCUGGGUAUUUUGGUUACUCUGUCAGCUCUGUCUCAGUUGUUGGAGAUGUGUGGUAUGUUGCUGGACAACCUCGCUAUAAUCAUACUGGACAAGUUGUAAUUUACAGUUCAAAGGGAACGAAGACGAGCAUCAUACAAUCCCUGAAAGGAGAACAGAUUGGUUCCUACUUUGGCAGCACUGUGUGUGCGGUUGACAUCGAUAAAGAUUCUCUAACUGAUAUUCUUUUAGUUGGAGCUCCAAUGUACAUGGGAACUGCAAAAGAAGAGCAAGGAAGAGUUUAUGUAUACAGUUUAAAAGAGAAUAUGUUUCAAUACCAAAUGAUUCUUGAGCCUUUAAAACAGCAUUGCAAUUGCAUUCACGCCUUGGGUCUCCGUAGUGACAGAUUCAAUGAGGCUACAAGUGAAGACCAGAAGUGCACUCAGCCCAUCUCGCAGCCAUGCGGUUCCCGCUUUGGAACAGCCAUAAGUGCAAUUUCAGACAUAAACCUAGAUAACUACAAUGAUGUUGCAAUCGGAGCUCCUUUGGAAGAGAACCACCAGGGGGCGGUCUAUCUCUUCCACGGAUCUGGCACAACUAUUAACAAAAAGCAUUCACAGCGCAUUUCUGCAUCUUUACCGAAUGAAAGUUUCAAAUAUUUUGGCCAAUCGAUCGAUGGGCAGAUGGAUUUCAAUGAUGAUGGUCUAGUGGACCUUACUGUUGGAGCCAUAGGUGGUGCCGCCCUCUUCUGGUCCCGGAACAUAGCUCAAGUGACGAUUAAUGAACUGAAGUUCAGGCCUCACAAAAUCAAUGUCCAGAACAAGAGCUGUGUAAUCGACGAAAAACAAACCAUGUGCAUCGUUGCAGAUAUCUGCUUCAAUGUCAAGCUGAAGUCUAACAAACCCGAACCUGUUGUUCUUGAAUAUAAAGUUGGACUAGACUCCGCACGACGUGUCACCAGAGGACUCUUCAAAGAAACACAUGAGAGAAAUAUCCAAGGAUACAUCACCCUACCCUCCCAGAACUGCACUGAACACAUCUUCUACAUGUUGGAUGCUCCAGAUUUUCUAAAUCCUGUAGAGAUUCUGGUGGAGUUUGAGACCUUAAAUCCAGAGGAAGGACCAGUCCUGGAUGUUGACCUGCCAAAAUCAAAGAAAGCUUUGGUGCCUUUCACAAAAGAUUGUGGAGAGGAUGGAGAAUGCAUCAAUGACCUAAAGCUUCGUGCCCAGGCAGACAUAAAGGGUGACAGGAUGCAUCCUUACAUUGUGCAAAUCAAUCAGAAAAAAUUCAAUUUGGUGAUAAAAUUAAUAAACCAAAAGGAAAAUGCCUACAACUCAAGAAUAGCAGUGAUCUUUUCUAAGAAUAUCUAUUUUGCUGGAGUGGAGCAAAAUGAUGAUUGCACACCAUUGGGACCAAACAAUGUAACGUGCAAAGUUGGAUAUCCAUUUAUUACACCAGAUUCCGAGAUUUCCUUUAAGAUGAAAUUUGAAUUCAAUGCCACUCAUCUCCUUAGUGAUGUUUACAUACACCUGGAGGCGACAAGCGACAGCAGCGAAUUAAAUGAAACAAUGAGUGACAAUGAAGUCACCAUCUCCAUUCCAAUAUUAUAUCAAGCUGGGCUGCACUUUUCAAGCAAUUUAAAAGAUUAUCGUUUUAAAAUAGCAACCAAUGAUACAAUUCCUGAUGUUAUUAAAAGCAUCGAGGAAAUUGGUGAUGCAGUGGACAUCACUUAUAUGAUCGAGAAUGAUAGAGAUUUUCCUAUUUCAAAUCUUACAAUGAAUAUAGCAUUUCCAUUCUUAUCUCCAGCAAACAAUACUCUUUUAUAUUUGACAGGAAUGACAUUUUCUUCAAAUAAUGUAGGCAGGUGUAAUGACUCACAUUUCGUGGAUCCUCUGAAGAUAGACCCAGAAAAUCCACAGAAACCAGUCCCAGAAGAGGAGCAUUUCAAAAAUACCAUUGGGGUAAUCAGAAACCUGUUAGGUUUCACUUUGCUAUUGCUGUUGGUUUAUUAUUGUCAUGUGUGCCGUGAUACAUCACCAGGCUUUGUUUUGCAUGCGAUCUAGGCAAAUGAUACCAUUUGUACAAAUGUACAAUCAUACUAUACAUAAGUAUAACAGGUAGUGCCAAAAUAGAAAGGAAGUGCAAAAUAUACAGCUAACAUUUACAGGGAUAGUGCUGAUUGAAAAAAGGGCAAGAGACACAACAAGUAACAUCAAGAGAUCGGGAUCGAGAUCCAUUAAAAGGACACUGAUAACAGCGGGAAUAAAGUUGUUCUUGAAUCUACUGAUACAUACUUUCCAGUUUUUGUCUUCUGCCCGAUAGGAGAGGGGAGAAGAGAGAAUGACCAGGGUGUGAGUGACCUUGAUCAUGUUGGCUGCUUUCCCGAGGA